CUUUCCUCAUUUUCUAGUUCACAAAACAAAAAAGGAAGAGGAAACAUUCCUCACAUUAGAGCAACUGGGAACAUACAACGUGUUGUCCAGGAUGCAUUACUUGAACACAAAGCUUCUGGUGAGCUGGCUAGCUGUAACAGUCACUCUUGGGGGCUGCCAAGAUAGUUGCCGAGUGCAGGAUGGUAAACCGGGAUUGACGGGCAACCCUGGGAGGGACGGCCAACCUGGACAAAAGGGAGAAAAAGGAGAUGCAGCUCCAAUACUUGACUCUGCAGCAAUGAAAGGCAGCAAAGGUGAUGUUGGAGAAAGAGGCUUCCCUGGGGAGAUGGGGAAAAAAGGGUACAGCGGAGCUGUGGGACAAAGCGGCCCGCCUGGUCCUCCAGGUCCCAGAGGAGCUCCAGGUGACGGCGCUGGAGCCUCACAGCUGUCUCAAUCUGCAUUCUCAGUCCUGCGUACGUUAACCAGCCUCCCUGAGCACGGCAAGCCUGUAACCUUCGACACCGUCACCAGCAGUUUCAACACGGACUUCAAUGUUCAAAGUGGUUACUUCACUUGCAAAGUCCCUGGUGUUUACUAUUUCGUUUUCCAUUCCAUGUCCACGGGUGACCUUUGCCUGGCAAUAAAAAGUGACGCUCUAGGUGAGGAUAGUUUGGGGUUUUGUGACUAUAACAAGAACAACAAGCAGGUGCUCUCUGGGGGAGUCGUGCUUAAGCUCACCAAAAACAUGAAGGUGUGGCUGGAGGCUUUCAAGGCAGGAAACACACAGGCCAACAACAUGACUCCGAAUGAGGGGAAAUCGAUCGUCUUCAAUGGCUUCCUGAUCUUCCAAACUGUAUAAAAUGAAGACGAGAAUUCAACUUUCUUGUCAUAUUCCUUGUGCCUUUUAUACAUACUAUGGUAACGAUGUUGUGAUGAAACCUAAAAUAUAUAUAUAUUUUUUUAGGAAUACUAGCUUUGCUCUUCAGCAAAAACUGAUGCUCAUGAGAAAUCAUUAUUUGUAGUGUCAUGUUGUAUAACUAAUUAAUAACAAAUUAAUAACCUCGCUAUAUGACUCUUCGAAGUUAACCAUUAUUCACUUCUAUCCUUUCAGUCGAUGCAUGUGACCAACCUGUCAAACAAAGCAUCUAAUCACAGUGGAAACUGAAAAAUAAAACAUUAUUUUGCUGAAAA